AUGGGGGGCCUGCUCUUGAUCCAUCCCUACGGAUCGACGAGUCUCUCUCAAGCGAUUUUCUGGUCACCUGAUGCGGUGCAGGCCAGCAGCAACCUCCAUACGAGCCAAAAUGGCGAGAGAAGCAAUACUGGUGCAUACCAAGAGAACAGCUCCGACGAACCGUGGUUAGAAUUGGAUGGGCGUGACACACAGGUCAAGCCGGUGUACCACAAGCUGCCAGGGACCCAGGUGCGGGAAAUUUACUGA